AUGGAUUCCGUGAAUUCCCAAUACGAAAUGGCUGAAGAGGGACCGGUAGAGGAGUUUGUCCUGCCAGAGAGCAAGCCCUCCAUUGCUACUAUCGAGGAUAUGGUCACUCCUGUUUCCCCUACUAAGAAAAUUAGUGCUCGCCUAACAGAAGAAACUGAGCCACCCGAGUCACCAGAUAUGAAAUUUGCUAGAAAUAGAUUAGGAACUCUUCUGACUUCAAUCAGGAAAGGUGAUGCUCCUUCUCUGGCAACCAACACUGAGCAAAAACGUGAGGAAAUUGAUAGACGAGGACCGGGAAGACCCAGAAAGCUUCCAACGUCCACAACAAAGAGCAAAACUGGAGAGGUUAUUUUUGAAUUACGAGGUAAAAGCUUUGUAUUGAAAGAAGGACAAGAGUCUACCGAGUAUCAGUUAGUGAGGUCAUGGAUGAGAGGAAAACCUGCUGAGGAGGAUUCUCCUGUAGUUAUACCCGAAUGUGAUCCUACUGUUUCGAUGGAUUUAUUAGCAACCAAAGAUGUCGUUGCUCUGCCUCGUGCUGAUUCGCCUUAUUUAGUUGAUACUGAAUAUCCGAACAGAGAUAGCCUGGACCAGCUGAACACACACAUUAAUGCCGAAGACAUUGAUGGGUUAAGAAACGAAUACGCCAGACACUGGAGAUCCGUGAAGAAGAGUUGGCUUGAUCACCAAAGGAGGCGUAAAGCUCGAUACCAUAAGACCAUCGGUUUGCUUGAGACGAUCUUCACUAUUGCCCAGCAAUCUCAUACUUGA